CCCGGGCUCCAGCCAUGAACGGCGAGGAGCAGUACUACGCGGCCACGCAGCUCUACAAGGACCCGUGCGCGUUCCAGCGAGGCCCGGCGCCGCCCGAGUUCGGCGCCAGCCCCCCUGCGUGCCUGUACCUGGGCCGCCAGCCCCCGCCGCCCCCGCCGCCCCCGUUCCCCGGCGCGCUGGGUGCGCUGGAGCAGGGCAGUCCCCCAGACAUUUCGCCUUACGAGGUGCCCGCGCUGGCCGACGACCCCGCCGCCGUGGCGCACCUGCACCACCACCUGCCGGCUCAGCUUGCGCUCACCCAUCCGCCCGCCGGGCCCUUCCCGGAUGGAGCGGAGCCCAGCACCCUGGAGGAAACCUGCCGCGUCCAGCUGCCCUACCCAUGGAUGAAGUCCACCAAAGCUCACGCGUGGAAAGGCCAGUGGGCAGGCGGCGCCUACAUGGCUGAACCGGAGGAGAACAAACGCACGCGCACCGCCUACACGCGCGCCCAGCUGCUGGAGCUAGAGAAGGAGUUUCUGUUCAACAAGUACAUCUCCCGACCGCGCCGAGUGGAGCUGGCCGUAAUGCUGAACUUGACCGAAAGGCACAUCAAGAUCUGGUUCCAAAACCGCCGCAUGAAAUGGAAAAAGGAGGAGGACAAAAAGCGCGGGGUCGGUGGGACCGCGGCCGGGGGCGGCGGGGUGGCGGAGCCGGAGCAGGACUGCGCCGUGACCUCCGGCGAGGAGCUGCUGGCGCUGCCGCCGCCUGGAGGAGCUGUGCGGCCAGCUGCGCCUGCCGCCGCCUGCGAGGGUCGCCUGCCGCCGGGCCUUAGCACGUCGCCGCAGCCCCGGCGGCCGCAGGAACCCCGGUGAGA